AUGAAGGUACUAUUCUUCUCGACCUGGCCCUUGAUCGCGGCCUGCACGGCGAUUCUACUCACAGGUAUUUGUGAAACCGGGAUUAGAUUUAUAGAAGCCUUGAUUUUCAGUUUACGGUAUGUGAAUGUGAUUUCUUAAGCUACUUUUGCGAGUGACUUUUAAAUUUGAAGAAAAUUAACCUCAUAGAAAUAUAAUCUUGCUCAGAAAAAAAGAAAAUUUUGAAAAUCGCUCAGAUUCUUGAAAAUAUCAACUGAUCAGUUCAAAACUCUGCAAAUCUCAAGUUGAAAAUCUACCGAGUUUCUUACAAUAAAGACGCACUUUGACAUCUUCAGGAAGUUUGUCUAGCUUAUUGUAUGAAGUUUUGACCUUUCUUUGAAAAACAAUUGAAAAAAAUCGCAAAUUGAUCUAAUUUAUCUGAUCCCACGUUAUUUCAAAACAGUGAGCAACUUUUUUUCAUUGUUAAAUCAAAAAAAUUUCGAGAUAAACUAUCAAACUUGCAGCUCACUUCUCCAAGUAGCUUUCUGAAAAUUUGGAAAAAAAUAUUUAACUGAUAAAAUAUUAUCAGACUUCGCCCUGUCACAAGUCGCCAUCAACUGCUACAACUGCAUGGUUCCUCUUGGAGCUUCUGGAAUCGAGAAUUACUGCACGGACUCUACCAUUUGCUCUGGUUUCUAUUGUACGAAAGGUCCCGACGCAGAAUGUGGGUUUUGAACAGGAAAUGGGAAAAAGCAUGAAAAUGCACUUUUUCUCAUGUUCAAGGGCAGUAAGAAAAAAUAACCGUAGAAGCCUCUGCAAAAGGUUAAAAAUAACGGUUUUUACAUAAUUUGCACGAGUUUCGCAGCUUCAUGAAAGUCCUAAGAAGCCCUGAGCUGAAUGAAAAACACGAAGACUUAACGAAAUUUGAUCUUCAGCGUAGGAAACCUUUGAAAGAAAGUUAAAAACAAAUAAAAAAAUAAUGAAGAACCAAAAAAAUAUUGUUCCAGAGAAAAUAGAGCAUAAAUUUUUGAAAAAAAAAACCGAAAGCUUAAAAUUGAUGAGUUUUUUUAAAAUUUCGUAGGAAAUUGAAGUAAAAAUUUGCAAAGAUAUAUCAAAAACUUGACUUUUGAUAGCCUCCCUUGAAGCUUCAAAGUUUGUGUGCUUCAAAAGGAGAAUCCUGAACUCGGUCCUUCUGGAACCUUGAACAUACAAAAACUUCAAAACUUUCUAAAGACUUUGAUUGAAUUCAAAGAAAUGAUGAAUUUCAGCCAAUGGUAUCCUUCACUCAUGCACGAAUACCCCACCUCUCGAUGGCUGGAAUGGAGGUUCUUUCACUUGUUUUGAACUCUGAUAGUUUGAAUCAUCUUUCUAGAAUGCAAGACGGUGCCAAACACCAAAGGGAAACACGUCAACUGCUACUGCAGCAACAUCGAGUUCUGCAACUGCGCUCUCAAGUCCGCUUCCAUCAUCUUCCUGCUCAUUGUCUUCUUCGUCGGCGUCUUUUUGCCUGCCUAA